AUGAAGAUUGUUAGCAGCUUGAUCCCUCUCCUUUGCGUUGGAAAUGCAGCCGCAUUCCAUGUUCAACAACAACGAACAUCCGGAACUGCUUUGCCCGCUUCCUCUUCGUAUUUGGGUGGACUUGGUUCUUCGGCUGCAGGUGGUGACACUGCUUUCGCAGCUGGAGCUCGAACAGCGGGCAUGGCUCCACCAGUCCCUGAGGGCGCAGGUCUAGCAAGCCCACCACCACCUCAAUCGCCACCGGUCAAAUUCGUUGAGCUACAAGGAGAAUCACUGAAGACAUGGUCCUUCCCAUCAAAAAGAACCGAGAGAGUUCGAAUCAACUUGAAGACUGAUGAACGUCCUUUGCAAUCCGAAAUUGAAAUUUGGCAAGGACCAGACAACACUCCGAACAAGAUUAGAUGCUACGUUGAGGACGGAAAGCGACGUGACUUUAGCGUGGUUGUUGAAACUCCAUUUGGAGGAAACACUCUUUGCGUAAAGAACAUUGCUCACAUGGAAUUCCCCAUGUAUGCAGCAGUCGAACCCCUUGGCCCUGCUUCCCGACCAGAGUUCGCCGAUGGCGUUUCUAGAACAAUCCAGGGAGGAGCCCUUCGAACUUACGCUUUCGAGGGUGAAGUUGUCACCGUCCAAGUCAUGUUGACAACCGAUGGCCGACCCUUGAAUGCUCGUAUCGAAUUGUUACAGGGUCCCAACAACAUCAAGCAAGUCAUGGAAGUUUACACAGAGGAUGGUUUGGAUCGUCCUUUCUUCUCUCUUAUUGACACCCCAGGAGUCGGAAACGUUGUCCGUGUGGUCAACACUGCUAGCAUGGAAUUUCCAUUGACCGCAAUGGUGGAGCCAUUCGAAAUUGACCCAGACAUGGCGUAA